AUGGGCAAACUCGAUGGAAAGACCGCUCUCAUAACAGGUGGCUCCGACGGCAUCGGUUUCGCAACUGCUCAGCGGUUCAUAGAUGAAGGUGCAGAACAUGUUUUCAUCACCGGACGGCGUCAACAACCACUCGACGAAGCCGUCAAAAAAAUUACUUUAAGUCCAGGAUCAAUAGACACGCCCCUGAUGCGAAGUGCUGGAGAAGUGUUCGUCAGCCAACGCGCAGCUGCUGCAGUGUUGAAUCGUCUUGGCACACCUGACGAAAUAGCCAAAGCUGCUGUCUUUCUUGCAUCAGACGAUAGUAGUUAUAUAACAGGCAUUGAACUUUUCGUCGAUGGAGGCUCGGCACAAAUCUGA